GAUAUAAAACAGGCGCAGCGCAGGAGUACCCUGCCUUCAGCGGCUCAGCCCCUUCUCCUCUCCCACCCCGCGCCUCGCCUCGCCGGAGCUCGGCCGCCGCCUCCGCCGCCGCUGUCCGGUUCCGCAGCAGCAGACACCGACGCGUCCGCACAUCCGUGGAAUGCCCUCAGAUACGCCGCCCCGCGCUGCGUCUUCCUGAGGGCUGAGGCCGAGAGGCUCCGACGCCGCCGAAGGCCGAACCCGUGCGUCCCACGGGUCCGGAGGAGGGAGAGGGAGGAGCGGCUGCUCGGCGGCCGCCGAGGAGGAGACUAGGGGGAUGGGGGCCGCGAGAGGGUUGGCCCGCGUGCGGCGGGAGGCGCUCGCCGCGUGCAUGACGUGCCCGCUUUGCCGGGGACUUCUCAGGGAGGCCACCGCCAUAACCGUGUGCCUCCACACAUUUUGUCGGGAGUGCAUUUUGGAGAAAAUAAAUGAUGAGGAAAUUGACUGUUGCCCAGUAUGCAACAUUGAUCUUGGCUGCGAUCCUGAAGAGAAACUCAGGCCUGACCACAACCUUCAAGAUAUCAGAAAUAAGGUAUUUCCAAUUAAAAAGAUAAAUGUUGAUUCUCCAAAGGCUCUAACAACAUUGCCAGCAAAGAGAAAACAGAGGUCUAUUUCUUCCUUGGUGGUUGACACUCCAAGCGUAGUAAAGCAGACUGGUUUGACUGGAAAGAGAACCAAAGCUAAAAGAAGGGCAGCAGCUUCUCUUGCAACUUCUCCCGUUAAUAAUGGAACUAUGAAAUUACCAAGUAAAUCUGAAAAUGGGGAUCAGAAGACUGAUAAAAGCUGUCCAUCACAAUCUACCAAGGCGGCAACAAGUGCAAACAAAACUGAAAAUCAAGACCAAAAGAAGACCAAGAAAAUUUCGGCAAAACAGUCGACCAGAGCAGCAACACCAGCAAAGAAAAAACAGCGAAAUACAGAUGCACAAGUUUCAAGUAAGCCAUCUUCCGAAAAAAGAAAGAACAGCAAGACAGCUGACAAAGAUGGGCUCCGUAAAUCUUCAAAAGUACCUAGGUCAACUCCCAAAAUCCAUGCCGUCAAUGAAGAGCAAAUAAAAGAGAAAGAGGGUGAACCCCCUACAAGGAAAGGAGAAGCAGACAACAAAGUGGUUAUUCCUGGGACAAGUGUGAGAGAACAUUCAAAUAACUCAAAUCUUAAAGAGAAAAAUGAUGGCACUUCUCCAGAACCUUCGCCAUUAAAAGAUAAAACAGCAACAGAAGAUUCAUACCGAGGAUCGCUGGGUAGUGCAAAAGGUUUGCAUGGUCCAGUAACUACUCCGGUGUGGUUCUCAUUAAUUUCUUUGCCUAACCAGAAAGAAGAUCCACAACUGCCUCAGUUACCAAAGACUUACAUGAGAAUCAAAGACGGCAGUUUGCAGAUUUCCUCGAUACAGAGGUACAUCAUGAAGAAACUGGAUCUAGCUAAUGAAAAUGAGGUGGAGAUCAUCUGCCAUGGCGAACCGAUCUGCCCCUCGAGCACGCUGCGUGGGCUGAUGGAGCUGUGGCAUCGUAGACAGCCGACGGAGCCCGUGGAGGCGUCGGUGGGUGCGCCAGCCGAGGAGUUCGUCAUGGUGCUGGGCUACCGCUGCCACCGCCGGCACCCUUAUUUGGCGCCCGGCACCACCGUCGCCGUGCCUCCAGAGCUGCCCUCCUGAUCAGGUCGGCAAGGUUGACUGCACCGCCGUGGAGCCUCAACUGCACUGCACUGCUCCGCUCGCUGUCGUCCAAUCCCCAGUCAGUCUAGCCGUUUAGGAUGGAACAGAGGAAAGAAAUUACUCCUACAGUUUUUUUUACACAUUUCUUAGACUUUCUUUUGGAUCGUACUCGUUUCUUAAACUUUUGUAAAGAUAGAUAGAGAGGGAGGAGAGAAGUUAGUGUACCAGAAGUCUGUGGCAAAUGAUUAAGCACCUUAAACCAUCGUGUUUACUCUAA